AUGACAACUUCAAUAAAUGAAACCGCUGCUCAAAAGACGGCUGUGCCGUCAAGUAUAAGAAUUACAGACGACGACCUUUACCGUCAUUCUACACAAUACAGAAUUUGGUCUUUUACUCCCGAAAGGCUCACUCAAAUCCGAACCGAGAUCAACGCUAGAGCAGGAGCAAAAGUAGAGGAAGAGCUCAAAAAUUUCUUUGCAUCUCAUUUGGACUUGUCUCCUGAGGAGAAAGAGGCGGUGAAGUCCAAAGCCGUGCCGGUGACAACUCAUGAAGAGCUCUUACUUGUGAACUAUUUUGCGCGUAUGAUUCUCUCAUUUGCAGGAAAAAUGAAUCUACCGACAGAAGUAGCGGCCACUGCUGUUGCAUUCUUCCGCAGGUUUUUCCUCUCGAACUCAAUACUAGACUUCCCACCUAAGGAGGUGUUUCACACAUCCCUCUUCUUCGCAUGCAAAACUGAAAACUAUUUCAUCGGCGUUGAGUCGUUUGCAAAAAAGGCCAAGACCACUACAGAGGCCAUUCUCAAGCAUGAAUUCAAGCUCCUGGAGAGCUUAAAUUUCACUCUAAUGAAUCACCACCCUUACAAAGCAUUACACGGUUUUUUUCUAGAUAUACAAAACGUGUUAUCGAGCAGGGUUGACAUGAGUUAUAUGGGUCAAGUCUACACCAAUUGCAAAAGGUCGAUAUCUGAUGCCUUACUUACAGAUGCCGUAUAUUUCUAUACGCCUCCUCAGAUAACUUUGGCGAUUCUCUUGAUGGAAGACGAAGCAUUAAUGAUGCGCUACAUGCAGCUCAAAUUUGGUCUUCAAGUAGAGGAUGAAGAGGCUAAAGUGCAGUCCACACAGGACGCCGACUCACAAUCUCCAAUUACCAUAAACGCCGCGAAGCUCCUCGAAGUCAUAAAAUCGUGCAAAUCGGUAAUCGAAAAUAAGAUCAUACCCGCCAAAGAUGAUGCCGUCAAGAUAACAGCAAAAAUGCAUUACUGUCAAAAGCCCAUGGCUGUAGUCCAGAGGAUGAAGAGGCAACGGGAAGCCAGCAGCACAGCCGCAACGCCUCUACCCGGCGAAGCCGAUGCCAAAAAACAAAAAACGUGA